CCCGCAGCAUCGCCAGCCAGCUCUGUCGCCGUCGCCAUCAUCGCAGCCCGUCGCUCUGCCGAAAUGUCCAGCAUCCCCUUCAAGGCCACCUUCGAGCACACUUCGCUGCUGCAUUCGGGCUUCCACCAUCCCGUCCUGCGCCGAUGGCAGUCCAACGAGGGCAAGACCGUCACCAAGGAGUCGCUGAUCUUCCCGAUCUUCAUCCACGAUAAGGACGAUGUCAAGGACCCCAUCCCGACCCUUCCUGGCCAGUACCGAUAUGGCGUCAACACUCUGAAGGAAGAGUUUGAACCUCUGGUCCAGAAGGGCCUCAAGACCGUCCUGAUCUUUGGCGUUCCCACCUCGGUCGAGAAGGACAACCGCGGAUCUGCCGCCGACGACCCGGAGGGCCCAGUUGUUCGCGCCGUUCGCUUCUUCCGCAGCACCUUCCCCUCGGUCCUGGUUGCCUGCGACGUCUGUCUCUGCGCCUACACCAGCCACGGCCACUGCGGCGUCAUGGGCGAGCAUGCGCUCGACAACCAGGCCAGUAUCGAACGUCUGGCCGAGGUGUCGCUGAACUAUGCCAGAGCGGGCUGCCAAGUGAUCUCACCCUCGGACAUGAUGGACGGCCGAAUCCGCGCCAUCAAGCAGAUCCUGCUGGAACAUGGCCUCGGCAACACCGUCUCGGUUAUGAGCUACAGCGCCAAGUUUGCCUCGGCCUUCUACGGACCCUUCCGCGAUGCUGCCUGCUCCGCUCCCACCUCGGGCGAUCGCAAGUGCUAUCAGUUGCCCCCAGGAGCCCGCGGCUUGGCCCGCAGAGCCACCCUCCGUGAUGCUGGCGAAGGCGCCGAUAUCCUGAUGGUCAAGCCCGCAUACCCUUACCUUGAUAUUGUUCGCGACUCGAAGGAGCUCUGCCCCGACCUCCCACUCGCGAUCUACCAGGUCUCUGGCGAGUAUGCCAUGUUGUGGCAUGCUGCCCAGAACAAGGUCUUUGACCUCAGGGUCGGCGUCCUCGAGUCCCUGGAAAGCGCCCUUCGUGCAGGCGCCGACAUCCUCAUCACCUACUACACCCCCCUGAUCUUGGACUGGAUCAACGAGGGCUUGUGAAUGUAGCAAGCGACACUGCAUCAUGAUAUGUGGGUCCGAUAAUG